CGUAGACAAAGAGAUAUUUUUUGUAUGAUAGAGUUGUGUCUUCAAACACAAAACCAAUGAGAGCUUCAAACUCUCCCCCAGAUCUGUCUCUCCAAAUUAGCCCUCCCAACCAUUCUUUCGCCGGAAAACCUCUCGCCGGCGACCGGAGCUCAACAAGCAGCGACUCGGGCAGCACACUCAGCGACUUGAGCCAUGAAAAUGGCCUCUUCAGCGACAAGCCCCUCCUGAGCCUAGGCUUUGAUCAUCCUAACCCUAUAACAUAUCAUCAUCACCAACAACAACAACAUCACCAUCGUCAUCAGCAUCAGCAUCACGUCUACCAACCCCAAAUCUACGGCCGAGAUUUCAAGAGGAGCUCUUUGUCGUCCGGAGCUCCCAUGGUGGGCGUAAAGAGAAACAUUCGAGCUCCGAGAAUGCGUUGGACUUCCACUCUCCAUGCGCACUUCGUUCACGCCGUCCAGCUUCUUGGCGGCCACGAAAGAGCAACGCCAAAAUCGGUGUUAGAGCUGAUGAAUGUAAAGGAUCUAACCUUAGCUCAUGUCAAGAGCCAUUUACAGAUGUAUAGAACAGUGAAGAGCACUGACAAAGGAUCACCAGCAGGUGAAGGGGAUGGAGAAAAAGGUUCAGAGCAAGAGACGGGGCAUAAUAAUAAGAACAACGCUCCAUCGUUUUCUCCCAGCCCAUCAUCCCUACAAAAGACCCAAAGAGCAUCUUGGUCAUCUUCAAUGGGUCCAAGUGGUAUGACCAUAUCUAACCAAGCAAAUGCCUUAUCUCAUCCUCUCUUGGAAACAAAUGAGAAUAGCAAGAGAAACGGGCAAGAGACGGAUCUUAAGCUUAACUUAGAGUUCACGUUGGGACGGUCGAAUUGGCGGAUGGACUUUGCAGAACACACAAGCGAUCUAACCCUUCUCAAAUGCUAGACCGGGCCGGCUUAUUAGUUUAUCGUUUGACAUAAAUAUAACUUGCUUGAUCAUAUGAACUUUGUGGAAGGAUCAUACCAUAUGAAAUUCUCCCAUGCAUGUUCUAUGAGAGUUUUGGGAUUGAUGUAUUGGGCAAUGAGAAUCGGUCGGUGUUUGAUUAAGUAGGCCAAUGCUACUAUACUCUAAUGAUGAAUUAAUUACCCUAAGAUCCAUUUUGAUGUACAAUAUCGGUAUUUGUAUCUAUAAGUUUAGGAGUUAUACUCCCGCAAAAU